GUUCGGUUGUUGCGAGCAGCUCGACAAAUUGUGGCAGAAUACGAUUUGGAAGAUUCGACCAUGACUCUCACAAUAGAAUAUCCCGUAGAUUACCCGCUCAGUGUUCCCUUGAUCGAGGAUGAAAGAACCAUCGUCAGUCGGGAAACAAGAAGGAAAUGGCUUUUACAGCUCACCAUGUUUCUCACUCAUCAGAAUGGUUCCAUUGUGGAUGCAGUAUUAAUGUGGGCAGGUAAUAUCGAGAAACAUAUGGAAGGUGCAGAAGAUUGUACUAUUUGCAUGAUGACUGUUCAUUCAAGAACUUAUCAAUUACCACGGGUACGAUGCAAACAGUGCAGAAAGCGAUUCCAUUCCGAUUGCCUCUACAAAUGGUUUGAUUCAAGCAGUCAGUCAACAUGUCCCUUAUGCAGAGCUCCAUUCCGUUAG